UACACACUCUCAAAACCUCUCCGUAAAGUUAACAAAUCUUUGUAGUGUCAAUGGCGCGAGGCCUUUUUCUUUCUCCCCACACAAAAACUUCUUCGCAUUUUCUUUUUCAAAAUUCCAUUUUUGUCCCUUCAACAUUAUCAAAAUUACUAUAUUACCCUUCCUCUUCAUCAUCAUCUCUAAGGUUACUGUGCAGCAGUUGCAAUCAAGAAAAUGUACCAAUUGACAUGUCAGUAUACUCAGAAACAUUUGCUAAACGUAUGGCUAUGGUGGGUCUCAAGUCCCAUCAUUCUAUUGUUUUGGGCGUUUCUGGUGGCCCUGAUAGCAUGGCCCUCUGUGUCUUAACUGCUGCAUGGAAAACCAAUAGCCUUGGUAUUGCUGCUCAAAAGAAUGAGUUUGUUGACGGGCUCUUAGCAGUGAUAGUUGAUCAUGGACUUCGUGCUGAGAGUAAAGAUGAGGCUCACCUUGUUCAUCGUCGAGUCACAAACAUGGGAAUUGAAUGUGAGAUUGCUUGCUGUGAAUGGUCAGAAGGCAAGCCAAAGCAAGGUCACUUGCAAGAAGCGGCUCGCCAGAAGAGGUAUGAAAUUCUCCAAAGUGCUUGCAUUCGGCAUCAGAUUGGUGUGUUGAUGACUGCGCACCAUGCAGAUGACCAGGCGGAACUAUUCAUUCUCAGGUUAUCUCGUAAUAGUGGCGUGCUUGGACUCGCUGGAAUGGCAUCUGUUUCACAGCUGUUUCCUACAUGUCCAGAUUUAAGUACUGAAGCGAGUAGCAGUGGACUUUUAUUGGUUAGACCUCUCCUGGAGUUUUCUAAAGAAGAUAUGUACAAGAUAUGUAUAGGUGCCAAUCUCGAAUGGGUUGAAGAUCCCACGAACAGAAAUGCAUUAUUUGCUCGUAAUAGAAUUCGGAUGAUAUUGACUGACUUGGCAUCACCUGUCUUCAGAUCCGAGUUGCAAGCACUUAUUGCUGCUUGUCGGAGAACAAGGUUGCAUGUUGACAAAAUUUGUUCCAACCUGAUGCAUCAAGCUGUGACCAUCAUGCCUGAAGGGUAUGCAGUGAUUGAUUUAGGAAUCCUCAGUCCUUCAGAAUUAAAGGACAUAGUUCUCUCGAAAUUUAUUGCUUUGUUAUUGCAGUUUGUUUCACAAAGGCAAAUACCUGUCAGAGGCAGUGCAUCAAAAUUGUUAUUAGACUACAUUCGGACUUCCCCAUGCAAGACUGCUGUUACUGCAUCUGGUUGUUACCUUUGUCCUGCUCCUGGAUCCAAAGGCACUAAAGUAUUGGUUUGCUGCUCUGCUGGUGCUGAUUUGACACUUGAGUUGCUAAAUCCAUACUCGACUGAAGGAAAUAACAGCGCUAUUUCAAAUGAGGUAGAGCAAAUUGUAGCAAAUGGGAGGUCAUACUCAGACCAGUUCCCACAAAUUACACUAGGAAGGCAAUUUUUGGACCUGACAUCUUCUGAUUCCAUUCUAGCUGAAGCCAAAAGGGAAGGCAUUCUUGGUGAAUCCACCUACAAGAGCAUUAUUUCUCUGCAGAGAGAGGAAACCGAUAAUUUCAAGUCAAAAACAAAUAUUAUGCUCGAAAACAAAGUGGAACACAAAGUAGAAUACACAGCUUCUGCUCCAAACAAAGUACUCCAUCCUGAAAAAGUUGGUUACUUCAUGAACAGAUUUAUAGUGAAGUGGAAUCUCAAGCAAACCGCUUACACUUCAUUUUCCAUGAAUAAUUCUAGUGAACUCAAAGAUUUUGGAGAAGAAAGAUGGAACUUUUGCAAUUCUUGUGUCCUUGGUGAUGAUCGGGUGGCCAGGAUCCGUUGCAUGGUUGAUGCUGAUUGGUUGUACCUAGCGAUAUUAUCGAAAAGAGAGGAUAGCAGCAGUGUUCAUAGAGAAGAACUUUCCCUUUCAAUGGAGUCACGAGUAACGAGCAACAUAAACUUGUGUUCUGCUUAUACACAGAAAUCAGCUGAAAAAGCUCUUGUCUUACUGAAGUCCAUUCCAGUCGCUGCUAGAAGAGCUUUACCUGUCUUGGUCAAUAUGGAUGGGUUGUUGCUAAGCAUACCACGUGUGGGUUUCCAGCACUGUCCUUGCUUGGUGGCGUCCGCUACAUUUAAGCCAAAAGUCCCGCUUGGUGGAGGUUACAGUUCAUUCCUCUAGUUGGUUUACAGUGUCAACUUGUUCAUGUUUCAUCAUUAGUUGUGCUGGCGUUCUGAUGCUACCAAGGGGGGGAAAUCUCUGCUUCCUCUAGUUGGUUUACAAUGUGAACUUGUUCUGUUGUUCAUGCAUCAUAUAAGUCUAGCUGCCUUUCUGAUGUUACCGGAGGAGAAGUCUCGGCUGGAUGGACUAUCAUUUUCUAGUGGGUUUACGAUGUGAACCGACUAGCUGGUUCUCAGUUCUAACCAGCACAAACAAAAUCUCUGCUGGAUAGACGUUAUAAUUUAUUCGUUUAUUUGGUUUACAAUGUAAUUAUGUCAACUUGGUUCUUGUACCAUUGUUAAUCCGGCUGGCCCUCUGUUGUUUACCAGAGGGAUAGAGGUGUUACAAUGUCAUUUCUCUGGUUGAUUUACAAUGUCAACUUGGUUCA